AUGGCUACUGGUCCAGGCAAUGGCAGCGGCAGCAAAGCGCAGUCGAGCAGGCCCAUUUCGAUCAUUUCAGCCCGGCACAAAUUUGCACAGCUAUCAUGGCAGAGGCUGACAAGCUGUCUCAUUUGCGAGGCCAUAGCACUCGGGGCACUUGGCAUGCCGAAAGCGUUUGCCACGCUUGGCAUGGCAUACGGUAUCAUUUUCACGGUGGCUAUCGGCCUUCUUGCUACACACUGCAGCUUGCUGUUGGCAAAAGCUUGUCUGAAGCUGCCCCACUUGAAGGACUAUGCCGAGGUGAUGGGAUAUCUCUUUGGAAAGCGGGGCUAUUGGAUUGCCGCCACGAUGCUUGUAGUGUGUUUGACACUCAGUACAGCAAGCCAUGUUUUGACGGGCGUCAUCGCGUUCAACGCCCUCUCGAGUAACGCAACAUGUUCCGUCACGUUCAGCCUCGUGGCCGCUUUUCUUCUCUUUGUACUCGCCCUGCCCCGAACAUUCACCGAGAUGGCUUUAUUGGCCUACAUUGACUUUGCCAGUAUCCUCGCCGCGAUUGUCGUCACGUUGGUGACGUGCGGAAUCGAAGCAUCAAAGCAGCCAGGAGGACUCCAGGCGACGGAGUGGUACUGGUUUCUGCCCAAAGAGCGUCGUUCCGACUGGCCUCAGGUCAUCGUUGCAAUCACGAAUAUCGUCUUUGCAUUCGCGUUCGCACAAUGCCUGCCCUCUUUCAUGUCGGAGCUUCGAAAACCAGACGAUGUUUCCAAGUCUCUCUGGACCCUCGGGGGUCUUGAGAUCGUCCUCUACACAGUCAUUGGCUCGACGGCCUACUACUUCAAGGGCCACCUCGUUGAGAGCCCCACAAUCCUCUCCAUUAAUCCUACGAUGGAAAAAGUUGCAUUCGGUCUGGCUUUGCCAGUCAUCUUCAUCUCGGGUUCCAUCAACACCCAGACGGCUGCACGCUUCCUCUACGAUCGUAUCUUUGGCAACUCAAAGCAUCGUUUUAUGGACACGGCGCAGGGAAAGAUCGCUUGGGUCGCUUUGGGCUUCUUUAUCACGAUCAUCGCCUGGGUCAUUGCCGAGUCAAUCCCCGUCUUCGAAUCUUUGCUCGCCAUUGUUGCAUCGUUGCUGAUCACAGCGUUCUGCUAUGCAUUUCCGACGCUCAUGUACUUUGGCGUGCUAAAGCAGGGCAAGUGGAACGAGAGCUGGGCGAGCGUAGGAGGGACGUUUGUGCACGUUGCGAUCCUCGCCUUGGCUAUUUGCACUGUCGUGGGCGGUUGCAGUGAGUCCCACACCUAUCCUCUAUCUCUUUUAACCUUGGCGCUUAUUUGA